GAUGGUGGAGGAAGAAGGUGCAAGGUGGUUGGCUAUGGUGGAUGGGUGUAGGAGAUGGUGGAGGAAGAAGGUGGAAGAAGGUGGAAGAAGGUUGGCUUGGGUGGAUGGGUGUAGGAGAUCGUGGAGGAAGAAGGUGCAAGGUGGUCGGCUAUGGUGGAUGGGUGUAGGAGAUGGUGGAGGAAGGAGGUGCAAGGUGGUCGGCUAUGGUGGAUGGGUGUGGGUAAUGGUGGGGGAAGAAGGUGCAAGGUGGUUGGCUAUGGUGGAUGGGUUUGAGUCGACGGGCAGUGCAGUGGCAAACUGCAGCCCAGCUUUCGCCGCCCAAGCCAAGCAACUCGAGGAGCUGAUCAACCACGUGGUAGCAUCCCUUGGCGACAUCAGCCAGUUUGCUGGAGCAUCGAUAGUCAGCAAUCAGUUGCAGACGCUCAGCGACCACGUUCAACAACGAACGGUCGCCGUCGUCAAGGAAUGGAAGAUGUCGAACUUCAAAAUUGAGAAGUUCUACGACUACCACAAGACUGAUCCGUUGCAAUGGUGGAUGGCAUUCAAUGCAGAGGCGGAUGUACAUCACACCCCACCACUACGGCGGCUUGACACACUCUACCUCCAACUCAUUGGAGGGGCACAAGCUUUCACGACUCACAUGGCCGUCACGUUGGAAUGUACCAUCGCCACCCUCCACACCAAGAUCACGUGGGAGGAAUUCGAGAAGAAGUGGAAGACCCGGUUCAUGGUCAAUAACGACAAACGUCACGCCUUGAACAAGAUCGUCCGCAUGUUUCAAGGCCAACAACCAUCAUGGGAAUGGCUGACGGAGUGGCAAAGACUCGUCGUCACCCCGGAGUUGAACCUGCCAUUCAACGCAAUCCGGGCCGAAUUUUUCGCCUGCUCUUGCGAUGCCUUGACAGCUGCCCUUGGCAGCGAAUUCCAGUAUGAGACCUUUGAUGAGAUGAUCUCAAAGGCAAGGGAACUCAUACAAGGUAACCGGCACGCGGCCAAUGAGGCCCGACAACAGCCCGGUUACGUGGAGAAAGGCAAAGGUCAGCGGACGCCGCAAGUACCAGCAAUCCAGCAAGGAUCUAGUAAGGACCACGCAGCCGCUUCAACAUCAAGUGACAGAGAGGCGGCGGCAGCGAUACCACCGCAAUGCUCAAGACCCCGAGGGGGAAAACAUAAG